GCUUAGGCCAACACCGUGGAUAAACAUGAAACCUUCAGAGCUGUUAGGCGUUUUGGAAAGGGUCAAAUUCAAAGUUCCCUUGCCACCCGGAGUUUCAACAUCAACGCUGCUGCCAAAAUUAAUACGUACCAAAGAUGUUAAACAAUUGCAGGACGGGACAACACAACCAUCAAAACCAAAAUUAACAAAAUGCCUAAAUACACUGGAUCUCACAUCGUUGGGCAUUGGUUCCUGUUGCGGCACUGGCAUGUAUUUAGUUGCCGGUAUGGUGGCCAAGAAUAUAGCCGGUCCUGGUGUGGUAAUUAGUUUUGUUAUUGCAGCAAUAGCUAGUAUAUUUUCAGGCGCCUGUUAUGCUGAAUUUGGUGUACGUGUGCCGCAUACAUCCGGUUCGGCGUAUAUGUAUUCAUAUGUUGCUGUUGGUGAAUUUGUUGCAUUUGUUAUUGGUUGGAAUAUGAUAUUGGAAUAUUUAAUAGGAACAAGUGCCUGUGCAUGUGCGUUAAGCUCCAGUUUUGAUUCACUUACUGGUGGUGCUAUAUCAAGCACAAUUAGUGAUACAGUGGGUACCAUAUUUGGUAAACCCCCGGAUUUUAUAGCCUUUGGCAUAACGCUAAUGAUGACUGUGGUAUUAGCGUUGGGCGCCAGUAAAUCAGUGAUAUUCAAUCAUACCUUAAAUGCCAUUAAUUUGGCCACCUGGGUAUUUGUUAUGACCGCUGGCCUUUUCUAUGUGGAUUCCAGUACAUGGACGGAGCAUCAGGGAUUUUUGCCAUACGGGUGGAGUGGGGUAUUUUCCGGUGCUGCCACAUGUUUUUAUGCAUUUAUUGGUUUCGAUAUAAUCGCCACAACGGGCGAGGAGGCCCACAAUCCCCAGAAAAGUAUACCAAAAGCAAUAUUGGGUUCAUUGGUCAUUGUCCUGUUGGCCUAUGUGACCGUGAGUUUGGUUCUGACGCUGGUUGUGCCCUAUGAUCACAUCAAUACCGGUGCUGCUUUGGUACAAAUGUGGACAUAUGUUAAUGCACCCAAGUGUAGGGCAAUUGUGGCAAUUGGUGCCACUGCGGGACUGUCGGUGGCCAUGUUUGGUUCCAUGUUUCCCAUGCCAAGGGUGAUUUAUGCCAUGGCCCAGGAUGGUUUGAUAUUUAGACAACUUUCCCAGUUGUGGCAACGCACCAAUGUUCCCGGUUUGGCCACAAUUGGCAGCGGUAUUGCUGCAGCCCUGGUGGCCCUAUCUGUACGCCUGGAAAUCCUUGUCGAAAUGAUGUCCAUUGGCACAUUGCUGGCCUACACUUUGGUAUCCACCUGUGUUUUAAUAUUACGCUAUCAGCCACAUAGUACAUCUCUGAUUGAACUGCUGCCGGCCCAACUGCGAACACCCAUUACCACGGGAGCUACCGGUGAUCCUCGAGCCACUACCGCCGAAGUUAUGGAAUCCAAUAAGCUAACCAUCAAACGUGUAACACGUGGCAUGUCUGACUCGGAUGAUUCUUUCAUUGAUGAAAGUCCCGAUGGUUUUAUGGGUCGUGAUGAUCAAUUUUUGGUAUCCGAUCGUUCGGAAAAUAAAUUCUAUGGCGCUGUACAUGGAGCACCCACAGGGCCGACGGGUCAAGCCAAUGCCUUUGAUACAAUGGGCCUGAAUUUUGUCUCACGCAAAAUCCAUGAAUAUUCGUACCUGUGUCCGGGUUUCUUCCCAUGGAUAAAUCCUGGACAAGCCACCACGGAAAGUGGCAUGUAUGUGACCAAGCUUGUUGGCCUCAUGUUCGGUCUCAUAUUCUUCUUGGAUCUGUUUGCGGCCAUUGGCUGGUCCGGUGGUUUCGCAGCAUUCAUUUAUUUCAUUUUAAUUAUCGGCAUAUUUGUGAUAUUAUUAAUUAUCUCGAGACAACCACAGAAUAGAUAUGCACUUGCGUUCCUCACACCUGGACUUCCAUUUAUUCCGGCAAUUGCCGUUGCCGUCAAUAUCUAUUUAAUAUUUAAGUUAAGCAUCUUAACCUUAGUUAGAUUUACCAUUUGGAUGACCCUGGGCUUGGUGGUAUAUUUCUAUUAUGGCAUUACACACAGUAGUUUGGAGCAGCCAAGCGAUGAAAUGGAAUUGCGGGUGGAUAAAGAUUAUAGUAAAAAUACCAAUGUUGAAGAGAAAGCCGUAUGGGAUCAACCUUCCUUUAUGAACCAAAAUCAUGAACCAGUAUGGGCCAGUAAAGAUAAUACAACAAACAAUCAACAAACUAUUCCACAAAACCGCAAAAGAACUCUAAACCAAAUCCAGCAGCAACCAAUACACACAAUACAACAAGUGCAAGAAAUCCGGGAAUUGGUCAGACCGCUGCAUCUGCUAAUCAAACAGCUGAUUAAAUAUCACCUGAUGUUAAUGGAAAAUACAUUACUGGAUACCCAACAGCUGCAACAUGUUUUGUCAUUGGCCACCCAAGAUUCGAAUAAUCCCGAUUUACGUGAUCGUGGUUUUAUUUACUGGCUUCUAUUGCCAACUUAUCUCGCCAUCACCAAGAAAGUGUUAUUGGCUAAUAAAUAA